AUGGCAAGUUCCAGUAUCUCUAGGAAAGAAGCAGCACGCCGGCUCGUGCAAAGCAUUUCCAAGCAGCAUGGCUACCUCGGCGAGGAAGUUUAUGCAACUAUGACCGCAGACACUCGCCGUCAAGUUCAAGAAGCACUCCUUAUGGCUCACACGCUGGUAGGAACCAGUGUCAUAACACUGGCAAAGAAUCUCUAUACUAAGGACGUUAGAUGGAUCUUCGAGCUCUUGCAAAAUGCCGAGGAUAACUGCUUCUCCCGAGCAGAAUCUUCAGGCGUCGUGCCAUACGUGUCUUUUGAUGUGUAUAAGGAUCGAGUUGUCGUGGAAUGCAACGAAGAUGGCUUUACUGAAGCAAAUCUAAGAGCGAUAUGUAAGAUUGGAGCGAGUUCAAAGACAGGGGCUCAAGGAUACAUUGGCGAGAAAGGAAUUGGCUUCAAGUCAGUCUUCAAGGCAGCAUGGAAAGUCCACAUUCAGUCUGGAGACUAUUCAUUCACAUUUACUCACCGAAAAGGCGAUUCCGGUAUGGGAAUGAUAUCUCCGGAAUGGUGCAAACCGACAGAAGAGAUACCGACGCCCUUGACUAGAAUUACAUUGUUUUUGCAUCCCAACGAUGUCCUAGGCACCGAAGAUGCGCGACGACAAAACAUCCUAAAUCAGUUGAACGAGCUUCAGCCUACGAUGCUCCUUUUCCUAAAGAAGCUAAAGCAAAUCAAGGUGCACAUAUACGACGAUGCUGGGACCGAGAUAUCAUCCUCUUUACUUGAAAUAAAUCACGCCAAACAAGUCAGCAAUCGCAUACUCGAGAAGAUUCAUACCCAAGGCGGAAAUACGACCCAUACAACACAGAGAUACCACAUCGUGGAGUAUAUUGCACGUAAUCUUCCUCAUAAUGAGAACAGAACGUACUCUCCCCAGGAAGCCGCAUCGAAAGCAUACAGCACUGCUCCGGUCGUCCUCGCAUUUCCUCUCUCAUAUGAUGAUGAACCAUUCAUCGAACAACAGGAAGUCUUCGCAUUUCUUCCAGUCCGCCGAGCGGGAUUCAAUUUCCUAAUCCAUAGCGAUUUCGUAACCCAAGCGAACCGAGAAGAUAUCGUGACCACCUCAUCCCGAAAUAUUCAGCUAUUAGAUUCACUUGCAAUGGCUUUCGUAGUUGCAAUGAGAUCGCUUUGCCUUCACCCGACCUUGAAGUAUCAGUGGAUGCGUUACCUUCCAAAGUUAUCAGACUAUCCAUGGGACCCAUUCUGGUUAAGGCUCGUUGAUAAGAUCAAAGCCCGUAUUUCCGUUGAAGAGAUCUUGAUUUUGCGGGAUUCAACGAUCCAAAGACAGAUAUCGCAAGCAAGACGACUCACAUGGGACACACUUGAUCAACACGGAGAUCCCCUAUUUAAAGACCUCCCCGGCGACAAAGCCAGUUAUAUUUCAUCUAAUUACAAGACGAGCGACCUCGAUAUUCUCCAAGAUUAUGGACUCAAGAACAUGGAUCGACAUGAGAUUCUUAAGAGAGUAUCGAGAGAUUUGUCUAGUAAUACGUCCAGGAUGCGAUCCACGGGGACCGAUUCUGAUUGGCACGCUCGUGCAGCCCGAUGUUUAAGUCUAUUCUUUAAAGACGGAUUGCCGAGCACGAUAAUGCGAACUAAGUUGUUACAACUGAUCCCCCUAAUCGACGAGAAAUGGGUUAGUUCAAGGGAAGUUGAUGUGCAUUUUGCAACUACGAUAAACGGACUCGCAAUCCCGGAUGAUAUCGGGUUUAACCUCAUAGACCCCGCCGCAACAACAAUAUCUGAAAGGAAACAGUUGUUCCUUCAUCUCGAUGCAAAGUUUGCUUCAGUGCGCCAUGUCCGUGUCAAAGUCUUCAACGAAUAUCGGAGUAAGGAUGUUUCAGGGAUAAACUACCAAGCUUCACUCUCUCAUCUCAAAUUCCUCUAUCUAACACACAAACAAGAUUCCACGUACGAUAAGUUAGAGGAUUAUGAGGAUUUGUGGCUAUGUGAUGAUCGCGGGUCUCUGUAUCCAUUGAAAUCACAUGUGUCUUACUCGGACAAGGGAUUCUGGGAACUAAUCUCCAAGGCCGACAAGUCUCCAAAGUGGGAGAUUCGUUUUAUAAAUAGAAAAUAUUUCGAAGACGACCCAGGAAAAUCAACGGAACAUGAUCUGACGUGGAGAGAAUGGCUCGAAACAUGCCUUAAGGUUCGCAAUUACUCAAGACUAUUCAAUCAUUCCGGGGACAUGCUUUCAAACGAGUGUAUGUUCGUCGCCGAGCACCUACCUUCAGAGCUUCUGAAUCUCUUGAAACAAAGUUGGGAUUUAGAAAAGUCCCGUGUGACACCCAAACUGACAGAAGACCUGGAAGAGCUGCAGGUACCAUGCCAAGGUGGUCAUCUAAAAGACCUUUCAGAAACAUAUUUCCCUCUACCGGUAUUAUUGAAAAGGCGUGACGAGUUCAUGCGAGAGGGAGAGUUUUUUCCUUUCCUUCAUAUCGACGAUGACUCAGACCCGCUGUCUCAUUGGGACUUCUUACGCGCUUUUGGGGUGAAGUUUAGCACCAGUAUAAAGUUCUAUCUUGACAUUCUCUCUUGCAUAAGUGUUUCCAACGUUUCUGCGAGCGAUUUUGUUGACCCUUUGCGCGUUUUGCGUCUAUAUUUACGCCUUGAUGCAGAGUGCUUAGACUCACAAGGCAAAGAAAUACAAGAAACGAAACAGGCUCAGAUACGUGAGUUUCUCGAGGAGCAUCGAGCUUUGUUUAUACCUGCUUGGGAGCAGCGUAAGUCGACUUGGGUUAUUCCCAGUAAAUGUCUACUCAAUGGGCCAAUGGGUAUGGAGACCGUCUUUCCAGUCCUCCCGAUAUAUGAUGCACAAUUCAAGGGUUCCGUUCCGGGAUUCCCUAACUUCAAAACAUUCCUCCAGGAAACCCUCAAAAUCCCGAAGUGCUCAUGGAAUCAUAUUGUGGAAGAGCUCAAGCAUGUCAAAGAAUCGAAUCCCCCGGGGCCCGUUGAUAGAAUUCGAGAAUUAUACUCGGAAUUAGGUACUAUGAAACUAUCUAGUGCUGCAUUAAACGAAAUGAGAAACGCAUUCAAAAACAAUGCUUUGAUUUUUGCGGAUGUCGGUCCCCAUAAGUGGUAUAUCCCAUCGCAGUGUCUAUGGUGUACCUCAUCAGCAAUUCGAGGUAAGGUAAACUUGAGAAAUGUAUAUGACGGGAAUCUCGAGAGCUUUUUCGUCGAAAAGCUAGCUGUACGUGGGCUAGACGCCGAUAUUAUCUACAACGAAUUGUUGGAACUGGAUCCGGAAGAGGCCACGACGGAGCACGUUAAAGAUCUCCUUUGGACUUUUAACUCAUAUAUCGAGCUCGAACACUUCGAUACUUCUCCCGAGAAGUUACUAGAACGUCGAAUCUUACCGGUUAGGGAUGCUGGUGGCAACAUAGCCUUGCAUUCGGCGGAGACGGGCUUUGGCAUUAUCGAUCGCAAGAAACUUGGUGAUAUUUUCUACGACAAAGUCAAAAUUCUCGAUUUCACCGUGAACGAAAUUGUUAGACUCAAACCUCUGAUAAAGUGGGCGGGCCUCGAGGAUAGGUAUCUAUCACGACUAGUCCAGGAGACGUCUGUUUUGGAUUCAGGCUUAAAAAUGCCAAUAUCAGACCCAAUCCAAGACAUCAGGAAAAAGGCAUAUGAGCUACUUCGCAUCGCAACUCAUUUCAGGAGCCCUCGGAUUGAAGGUGAUGGCCAAGCGUUAUACGAUCUGCUCCGCAAUUCACGCACGUGGGAGACACCGGAAAUAUCAACAAAACUAGUACUCACCAUAGGCGGACAGACUGUGAGCCAAGAUGUCGACCGUGGCAUGAUCCAUAUCGACGAUAAAGAUGGCUUAGAAAUAUACGUCCCGCGUGACGAAGACUUGCGAGAUAAAUCCUACCUCUCUACUCUUCCCGAUCGCUUAAUGAAGUGGAUGAUGACCGAUCCCGGGACAAACUCCAAGGGGGAUAUUGACUCUAGUGCGUCGUUAUUAAUUCAAGGCGUCUUGACGAUGAAGCCUAGACAAGUUGAUCAUUAUCUUACCGGAUAUGGCAUUAUUGAAGUUACCAUACCAAAGCAGGACGAUCAAGAAGAUAUCAUCACUAAUCAAACCACACCGACCCUUGCUUCUACACCCACGCUCGUCGAACCUUCUACCCCUCGAAUACUACGCCCGCCUCCCUCAGAGCCGGCAACGCCCCUUUUCGACAGCGAAUCACCGCAUGAGGAUCCAGAGACACCGGCAACAGAUUACACAUAUUAUUCUACACCUGGGACAAGUUCAGGUAGAUACCGCUCUUCAUCCGCACGAACGAGUCCUUCGCCAGAUCCAUUCAUGACGACUAUCGCAGAAAGACAGAGAAAGGCAACUCAAGAGUAUUGUGCUCUUCUAUCACAAGUGAUACGGAUGGCUAGGAGAAGCCGACUCCUCUCGGAAGCAAUGGAUCUUUCGGUGCUCUUAGAUGUUAUGACUGGCAAUAAUACCAUCGACAGCACGAUCUUCAACGAACAUGAUCUAUUUGAUCCUCAAUUGGGUAUGCCCCGGUUCGAGCGUGACAAGAAAGUAGGAGCCGCGGGGGAACUCUUCGUCUACGAGCUUCUCUCCUCAAUGAACCCGGCUCUCAGAGGGUUUACCAGGGCUAAUUGGACAAGUACUAUUCGGAAAUUCGUCACAGUGCACCCGGAAUACGCGGAUAUGGGCGGCUGGUCCGGAAUUGAAACGUCUGACCUCGAGUACCAAGACUAUAGCAGUAAACUAACAGCAAUUCUCAUAAGUAAGGGUCUUCUCUCGAGUAGUUGGCGAGGCUCACGACCCAAAUAUUAUAUUGAAGUGAAGACUACUCCAGGGGGGCGAGAUACCCCCUUUUUUAUGUCGGAUGCUCAAUACCACAAGAUGGCCAGGCUUUCCACGGAAGAUUCGAUAUAUGUUAUCUUCCGAGUUUCCGAACUAUACAGCGGCCGCAUUACCCUUGACAUCUACGUCGAUCCGAUCCAGCUUGCUGAUGAGGGGCGGCUGGUGUUCUCGGCUGAUAGAUGGACGGUGAGGCCGGUGUUUGGACUUGCGUGGGAAACUCCCGAGUUCGACUGA